AUGAUAGCUCGUGAUCAUGAAGGAAGACUUGCAGAGGCUGCUUCAAGUUGCAGAAAAGGUUGCAUUGAUCAUCCAGAACUUGCAGAAGCAAUUGGAAUCAAGGAGGCACUUAGUUGGGUGAAAGCUAAAGAUUGGCGAAGAGUCAUUCUAGAGACUGAUUGCCUGGUGGUAACACAGGCGAUUCGUAGCGCCGUAGCGCGUCAAUCAAUCUCUCAUACCUUGAUAGAGGUUGUGGUUUGCAUUCAUAGUUCAGCCAAGUAUUUGGUAGUUCUGACAUUAAUGGCUUCUCUAUCUGCUGAAAACAACGAAUGUGGGGUUUUCAAGGAAACCAGGGAUACACCACCCUCACAUUACGUGCUCAAACUUGAGUCCUUUUCGCUGUUUUCUGCAAAUGGAGUGGAUCAAAUCAAGUCGAACUGCUUUCAAGUUGGAGAUCACAAAUGGAAGAUUAAAUUGUUUCCAAAGGGAGAUAAUGAGGGCAAGGAUGAUCAUGUGUCUAUAUACCUUUUGUUGGAUAGCACCAGUACUCUCCGUGCUGGGAAGGGCGUCAAGGCCUUUUUCAAUUUCUUUUUACUCGACCAAAUUCGAGGAAAUUAUCUAGUUGUUCAAGGGAAACCAAGUCAUUUUGACAGCCUUAAAUGUGAAUGGGGUUUUGAUAAGUUCAUCUCUUUAAAAGAUUUUGAAGAACCUACUAAUGGUUAUCUAGUUAAAGAUACUUCGAUAUUCGGGGUUGAAGUUUUUGUAUCUGAAGCAUCAUCACGUCUAGGUGAAAGUCACUCAAUAUCAAGUGGAGUUGGCAAUAUAUCAGGGAAGAUUUCGCUACAUCCUGAAGGCCAAGCACGAAGUGAAAGCGGAGUCUGUGCUAAGACUUAA